AUGUCUACAACCACAGAGACGACCAUGAAGGCUGUCAACUACCAGGGCGCCUUCAAGGUGAAAGUUGAGGACGUCCCACGACCUAAACUUGAGCAUCCCGACGAUGUCAUCGUCAAGGUUACAACAGCAGCUAUCUGCGGCAGUGACCUUCACAUGUACGAAGGCCGUACUGGAGCACAGCCAGGCAUCACCUUUGGCCAUGAAAACAUGGGUAUAGUCGAAGAGCUUGGUGAGGGUGUCACACUUCUCAAGAAAGGAGAUCGAGUUGUCAUGCCUUUCAACGUGGCUGAUGGUCGUUGCCGAAACUGUGAAGAGGGAUACACUGCAUUCUGCACAGGAGUCAACCCAGGCUUUGCUGGUGGUGCCUAUGGAUACGUGGCCAUGGGCCCAUACCGUGGUGGUCAGGCACAAUACAUCCGAAUCCCAUAUGCUGACUUCAACGCCCUCAAGCUGCCAGAAGGCAAAGAGCAUGAAGCAGACUUCAUUCUAUUAGCAGACAUUUUCCCAACAGGAUGGCACGGCGUGUCUCUCUCAGGUUUCAAGCCUGGUGACACUGUCGCCGUCUUCGGUGGCGGACCAGUCGGGCUGAUGGCAGCUUACUCCGCUCAGCUCCGAGGUGCCAGCAAAGUCUUCGUUGUCGACCGAGUACCAGAGAGGCUAAAGGCAGCAGAGAAGAUCGACUGCAUCGCCAUCAACUUCGAAGAGGGCGACGCCGUAGAGAUGAUCUUGAAGGCCAACGGCGGCAACAUGGUCGACAGAUCAGUUGAUGCCGUCGGCUACCAGGCAGUCGUCAAGGGAGGACAGAAGGAAGAACCAAACAUUGUCCUCGAGAACAUGAUCAAGGUAACAAGAGCUUGUGGUGGCCUCGGCAUCCCAGGUCUCUACGUCCCAACAGAUCCUGGCGCACCAGACGAGAGUGCCGCAAAGGGAAGAAUUGCACUGAGCUUUGGAAAACUAUUUGAAAAGGGUCUUGCACUUGCCACAGGCCAGUGUAACGUCAAGCAAUAUAACAGAUACCUCCGAGACCUGAUCAUCAGUGGUAAAGCCAAGCCAUCAUUCGUCGUCAGCCACGAGAUCAACAUCGACGAUGCUGAGAUGGCAUAUGAAAAGUUCGACAAGAGGAUUGAAGGAUAUACCAAGGUCCUGAUCCACCCCAACGGAGGGUUUUGA